AUGAUAUUGAGAGCAUUUGAAAAAGAGAUUCCAUCAAAUCUUUCUGACGCAAAAAUGGUAUUGGAAUUCUUUAAUACACCAAAUUUCGAUUCAUAUUUCAGAGAUAUGGAUAAGAUGAAUAUCAGAGAUUAUUUUAACCGAUUAGUAAUUUUUAUAUUUGAAAGAAAGCCUGAUACUAUUGUAAAGAAACAAAAUCAUUCGGAAUUGAUCAAUGAAUGUGCUAAAACAUAUAUUCCAAGUCUUUGGGAACUUGGACAAGAUUCUUCAAAUUGUGAACGAAGGAUGCCAUUGUUACUACUUUAUUCAGAUGAAGGAGCUUCAUUUAAUAAGUUUGUUUCAACAGGAAGUAUCUACUAUCCUAUUGAAAUUUUAUUGACAAAUGGCAAAACGGAGAUUCUACCAAAGGGGAAAUGUCCAAAUCCAUAUCAGUGCAAAGGAUAUCGAUAUCAUUUUGGAGCAGAUGGAAAUCAAGUUUUGGAAGAUUGGAGAAAUUAUAAACUUAAAGAUUUCAGAGAAUUGUACAAUUUAUUACUUGUUCAAUAUAUUUUGAAGAACAAAAUUGCAGAAUCCCAAAUUGGAGAUUAUCCAGCAAUUGUAUUAUAUUUCGUCAACAUUGGUUUAUCAAACAUCAAAGAAUUGCCAGAUGAUCUCUUUGAUUAUCAAGGACAAGACGCACAAAAACUUUAUGAUUAUGUUAAACGCACCAUUUCGGGGGACAAUCGUAAUUGCAUCUUUCUUAAAAUUGAAAUUAAAUAUACAAUUGCCCGGGGAGAAAAUAUUAAUUCUCCUAAUUUUAAAACAAUAUUUGGUUACCUGAUGGAUUCUGGAUUUCCACAGAGAUUAUAUUCUGAUGAAAUAAUUUAUCAUGCUGACUAUACUGAUGAAAAAGGUGUUGAUGUUGGUGGCCUAUUCAGAGAUUCAUUUUAUUUCAUUGUUGAGGAACUAAUGAAUUUGAAUCUCAAAUAUUUCACCAAUAAACCAAUUUCAUUAUUAUGUGAAUCAGAUUGCUUGGUUCCAUCAAUAACCUUAAGUCCAAGGCAGGCUGAAACAAUAGGAGCAUUGAUUUCAAGUGCAAUUGCAACUCAAAAUUGUCAUAGAAAAUGGAAAAUUCCAUUAUUUAUUUGGAACAGUUUUGUCACAGAUGCAAAAUUCUCGGCUCUUGUUGAUUGUAAUGAUGGUGACUAUUUCAAUGAGUUAGAAAAAGUUGUUACCAAUAUGAGAAAUGGAUUUUGGAAAGUUCUUCCUUUGCAAGAAGUUAGCAAUUUGUCAGGAAGAUUCUUGAAAGGACUGGCUUGUGGAAAAGAAGGAGCAUUAGACUAUAAUUCUUUCAUUAAUUUAUUUGAUGAAAGAACUAAAAGCCUUUCAAUAUGGAAUACUUUUAAACAAGCAAUUUCAAACUUCACCUCAGAACAAUUUUGUAAAUUAUUACAAUUCAUCACUGGAAUUGAUACUCCAUCAAUGAAAUCAGGAUAUUUCCUUAAGUUAUGUGAGGUACCGACAAAUUUAAAAAAUGAAGAAGAAUAUUUGCUCCCAUUUGCACAUACAUGUUUUCUACAGCUUGAUAUUAUGCCAUACAAAAGCGCUGAUCUCCUUAGACAAAAAUUAAUUGUUUGUAUUAAUAAUUAUUCAACGAUGACAGGUUAA